UCUGUUUAUUUUUUUAAGUUCUGUCAUCGCUUUCUUUGUAACGUCUCUGACUCUCAAGAAAAUAAAAUACUACAGGCUCUGACUUCAACCACUCCAAAAUCAUCUCGUCCAUGGACGCCGAAGCAGCAGUGAUCGAGUUUUUGGUCUGCGUCCCGUUGCUACAACGGCUACCGGGCUCGUCUCUGAAGAAGAUCGCAGAAGUUGUCCUCGUCAAACGUUAUGAUGGUGGAGAGUAUAUUGUUUGCGAGGGUGAAAGAGGAGAUGGAGUUUACUUUAUAUGGGAAGGAGAGGCUGAAGUUUUCAGAUCCAUUACUGGUGAUGAAGAAAGUCAUAUAGAGUUCCAAUUGAAGUGCUAUGAUUAUUUUGGUUACAGCACAUCUACAUACAUCCAUCAUGCGAAUGUAAUUGCUUUGUCCAAGCUGACAUGCUUAGUGCUACCCCAUGAACAUUGUAGUUUGCUGCAGAAAAAAUCGAUAUGGAGCACAGAUAAAAGUCUUGAGACCUGCUUAUCUAUGGAAAGUAUAUUAAACUUGGAGCCAAUAGAAGUAGAUAUAUUCCAGGGGAUCAACUCGCCAGAUGCACCCAAGUCUGGAAGGGUUUUUGGUGGACAACUUAUUGGACAGGCACUGGCUGCAGCGUCAAAAACUGUUGAUUUUCUAAAGGUUGUCCAUGGUUUGCACGCGUAUUUUCUUAUUGGCGGGGACUUUGAUGAGCCAUUUAUAUAUGAAGUUCAUCGGCUACGUGAUGGAAAAAGCUUUGCUACCCGAAGAGUAGAUGCAAUCCAAAAGGGAAACAUGAUAUUCACAUUGCUCGCUUCAUUUCAAAAAGAAGAAGAAGGGUUUGACCACCAAGAAGCAACAAUGCCUUCUGUACCUCCGCCAGGGAUGCUUUGGCCAAUGGAGGGGGUUCAUGAGAGCUUCCUUACCAAUCCACUUCUUCCAAGGACUUAUCGGAACAUCGUGGCAACAGGAAAAUAUAUCCCUUGGCCCAUAGAGAUACGUUUUUGUGAGCCCAGCACUUCAACAUAUGGGAUUAAAUCUCCUCCAAGUUUGAGGUAUUGGUUGAGAGCAAGGGAUAAACUCUCUGAUGACCAGGCUUUGCAUAGAUGUGUUGUGGCAUAUGCAUCAGAUCUAAUAUUUCUUAAUGUAAGUUUGAAUCCCCACCGUAGGAAGGGUUUGGAGACGAUUUCUGUUAGCCUAAACCACUCAAUGUGGUUCCACCGGUCAGUCAGAGCUGAUGAUUGGAUAUUUUUUGUGAUCUACAGUCCUGUUGCCAACAAUGCACGGGGCUUUGUUUCCGGCCAAAUGUUCAAUAGAAAGGGAGAGCUUCUUGUAUCAUUAACUCAAGAGGGCCUAAUUAGGAAGGAUAGAAGUCCAAAUCCACCUGUCACAUCGAAGCUGUAAACUGAGCACCUGUCCAUACAGAAGAGACCUCUUACUAUGUAGCUCUGUCAUCUUCAUUAGUUUUAAAUAGAAGUCUGGCCACAUGUUUUUCAAAAAUUGCUCCCUAUAAUUGUCUUGUUUACGGCUUCCUCUUGUAGUUGUCUGAUGGCUUGUGGGUGACUUGAGUAGAGUAAUAGUUGCAGAUCUUUAGUUCUGCACACCGUGCUCAGGAGGGAACCUUGCGUUCUCCCAUUGCAUUCCAAGUUGUAAUGGUAACUAGGGCUGCUGAUUCCACUUAGUGAACUCAUCCUUUUCAUGUUUAAUGAAAAUGGUUGUGUUGAUUUUUCCUCUUAAAAAAAUUUUUCAAUCAAGAAACCACUGAGUCUCUCAUAUCAAGCUCUAGAAGCUUGUUUGAGUCCAUAUUGUGCUUUUGUGAGCUUAAAAUCAUGAUUUGAAAAAAAUAUAAUUUUCAAAACCUAUAUGUUGCUCAACAUAUACCUCAUUUAUAGAACUAUUUAAGAAAGCACUUUUAACAUCUAUGUGAAAAAGUUUGAAAUCUUUAUAACAAGCAUACGCAAGUAACAUUUGAAUAGCUUCUAAUCUCGAGACAAGUGCAUAUGUCUCAUCCUAAUUUAUUCCUUCUUCUUGAUUGAAAUCUUGGGCUACUAGUCUAGCCUUGUUUCUAGUGAUGACUCUAGCCCAUCUCUCUUGUUUCUAAAAACUCAUUGUGUUCCAACAAUACUAUGAAUUUUGGGUUUAGGAACAAGUGUCCAAACAUCAUUUCUUUUAAAUUGAUUUACCUCUU